AGUGUUUGCCCAGAGAAGCUGUCAUCUGGUGCCCAUCACGUGGUAGGCAGGGUCUCCCUACCCACGUUAGCUUCCCUGGAGCCAGGGACUGCCACGUUUGGAACUACACUUCCCAAGAUGCAUCGGUGGCCGGCUUCCCGUUGGUUGCUGAGACGCGCUAGCCGGUAGUCCCGCCUCCUGCCGGGUCCUGGGAGGACAGAGGCCUUCCACCCGAGGCGACAUGCAACCCAGGCAGGCAGCGUUCUGGUACCGGCGGAUGUCUGUGGUCUACGCAGUGGGAGCCUGGACCGUGCUGGGCUCGGUGUAUUUGCUUAACCGCAAGAGGAAGUUUGCAGAUGAUAAAGUGGAACCAAAGGAGGUCCCAGCACCAGAAGCUUCUUUUCCAACAAGCGAAAUCUUGGAGCCUCCUAAAGGGUUUUACGUGGAAACGGCUAUCACCUUUCACGAAGAUUUUGUUCCAAUCACUGAAAAAAUCCUCAAUUAUUGGAAAUCAUGGACUGGUGGCCGUGGGCCAGGGUCAUGACCCACUGCUGGACUCUGAAAACCAGAACUUGGGUUCAGCAUUGAAUCUUGAUAAAUGACUUGAUUUCCAGUUUA